CUGUUGUGUUCCCCGAGCAGCGAACCGAAUGACACCCACCAUAUCAAUUCGCUGGGUAAUACUCUUCUCCGAGCCUGAAUCAUUGGGUAUUAAUACAGUGCCGUUGCUUAUCCCCCAGUUUAGCAAGCAUCUUUCGGUGCGGCCCGUUGAAUAUACUAGUAUUCCAUCCAUAAUGAUUAUUAUGCCAGUAGGAUAAUGUUAGUAACAGACACCUCAAUAGCUAACAGAAACUCCUAACCACUCAUCAUCCAACGACUCUACACAACCAUGUCGCUUCUACAAGAAUUUCUAGCAAUGCAGCUAUUCGAACGACCAGAUUGUCUCUAUAGGGCAUUUGUACAUGCUGUAGGUGCUGAAGUAAAUGGCCCCCCGACCGAAGAAAGCGACGAGCAAACAGAGAAAGAAUUUGACCUUCAGUGCAUUAUACCGCGUGUGCUCAAUAUUGUCCGAGAGGCUGAAGUCCUUGUAUCAGAAGAGAUCAUACUCGGAGAAGAACGAUCGGGUCUUCGGGCUAACCUCAACGAAGUUUUACGUGCUUCAAGACACGAUAUCGGCGCACUUCACUCCGAACUGCUCCAGCUUCAUCCCAUAGCACGACAGGUCAACGGUUACGACAAGUAUCCUGAACUCAUGAGGGAGAUCGAGGACACCGAAAAGAUCUUCCCACGACUUCGCCUUCCAGAGCCAUUUGACCUGCCACCACUGCCCGUUUGUCCUGCACCUCAGCACUAUUUAAAUUACGACUAUAAUGACGUCCCACUACCUGGAAGGUCUUACAUUCGGUUGGUCCGUGUCAAUUUAACAACGAAUAAUAACAGAGAUGUGUCUAUGCGCGCCGUGGAUCUGUGCGAUAACCCGAGCUACGGGGCUCUUUCGUACACGUGGGGACCCCCUUUAAACGUAUUUCGAACAGAAGAAGAGCGGCGCAAAACGCAGUCACAACUCGACGACCCUUUGUUGCAAGUAACGGUGCCAAUCACCUGCAAUGGAAACGCUUUGCACGUCACAGAGAACCUCUUCAGAUUUCUCUGUCGUUGGCGAGAAGGAUUAAUCCACGCUCCAUUCGAGGGAAGGUCCGGAGAAAACCGCGAGAUUUGGAUUGAUGUAAUCUGCAUAAACCAAAAUGACUUAGAUGAGAAGAACAUACAGGUGUCGAAAAUGGGGGAUAUCUAUAGCAAGUCGCAGGGAGUAUAUAUCUGGCUUGGAGAAGAGGACUGUUUCUCUCGGAUUGCUAUUCCGCUGCUCUACAAACUAGCUGCGUUUGAAGGAGACUGGAACUCUCUCCGAGAACUAGGUGCUAGGGGGGCCGAGCGCGAGCUUCUUGAUCGUGGACUACCACCCAUCUUAUCGUCGGAUUUCAUGUGUGUCUUCGCAUUCUCGAGACGUGCAUGGUUCCGACGCGCGUGGAUUUGCCAGGAGGUUGCGUUUGCGCAGGAGCUCUCGGUCUUCUGCGGCGGCGUCAACAUCCCAGACUGGAGAUUCUUGACAAACUCAGUAACCUAUCUGUACUUGACCGGGCUAACUGCAACCAUAGACAGAAUAGCAUGGUCAGAGAUCCGCGGUAUCGGACUCGUCGAUACCACCCGUUCCGCGCUAGGAAUGGGGACGGACCUUAAUACCCCCAUCGAUCUCAGCCCUCCAGGAGGCAACCCGGAUUGGGCUCGGCAUUGGCAAUCGGUAGCCGACUUCCUCGAGAGCGCUAUUCGGGAUGUUACUUUGUUCAAUAGGGUCACCGAAUUAUCCCAGGUCGUUGUUAUGCAUACCAUAGCUGAAUCGGUAACCGACAAAGUGAUUGAAAUCUACUACCGUGGGGUUGAUGACCCAAAUAACAAGAUCGAGGUCAAAGGGAAUCUAGCUCGUCUGGACGAAUCGGUCGGAUACGUAUUAAUCGCUUGCGGCGCAGCCAACUCAGACGAGAAGAGACGCAACAAAUAUAGAAGGCGGGUGCAUGAGCAAGUGUUUGAAGGUAAAGCCAAGGGCGUGCAUCACUUCCACGGCACCCGCUUCAAGGGCACAAAUACGCACCCAUCAUAUGCUAAACACAGCGAGGGUAUCCAGCUUGAAUACCGCAGGGAUUGUUUAACGGUGCGAGUUGAAAUAUAA